AACAUGGCGACGCCCAUAAGCGCCCGUGAAGCUACUACUACUAGGCAAUAAAACAAAAACGUUACAUCAGCACUUUAUACGUCUUUCUACAUUAAUUUGCGAGAAUGCAUCUUCAACGCAAUGGUUAUAGGAUAUAUGAUCACAUUUUAAAGCUUGGUACCGGAAUUUCGUUUGCAGGACACCAUCGGCCAAGUGAAAUAUGCUCGGUUAUCUCCUCAAUCAAACGUUUCUCAACUUCAAAAACCAGGUUAUCGUCGCCACUUCCUGCAAUCGGAACUGACAAUUCGCUCAGUGAUGCCAAACCUUUUUCGGAGAUCCCCGGGCCCAUGGGACUUCCAUAUAUUGGAACUAUGCUAGACUACAAAUUAAGGCCGAGCACAUACCAUAAACGACUCCUGCAACUGCACAAAAGGUAUGGAAAGAUCUGGAAGGAAACAAUUGCAGGGAACGUCAUCGUUCAUCUCAUGGAUCCAGACAUGAUACGGACAGUUUAUGAUGCAGAGGGGAAAAUACCACACAUUCCUCCACUCCAAGAAACCACACAAAAAUAUCGAAAAGAAAAAGAAAUGUCUCUAGGACUAGGAAACACCAAUGGGGAAGAAUGGUACAGACUAAGAAGUGCAGUACAGCAGAUGAUGAUGAGGCCAAAAAGUGUGCAGGAUUUCCUUCCACUUGUGCAAGAAGUUGCAACUGAAUUUGUAGAGAGAAUGGUGACAACGAGGGACUCGCAUGAUGAAAUUCCAAACUUCAACAAGGAACUGGGAAAAUGGAACCUAGAGUCUUCUGGAGCUGUGGUGUUCUUCAAACGCCUGGGUUUCUUGCAAGAUCAGGAGAUUCUAGCAGAGAAAAUGUUGGAGGCAAACCAACAGAUCUUCCAACUGUCAUGUGAUCUGAAGUUUUCUCUGCCUUUGUAUAAAUACAUAUCAACGCCAAAGUGGAAAAGGCUGGUGAAUGCUGAAGAUUUCUUUGUUGGCACCGUCUUGAAACUUAUUGAUGAGACGGUGGCUAAAGUGAAAGAGCGCAUCGAGAAAAAAGAUUUGCAAGCAGACGAAUAUGGCUUCAUCACUUAUCUUUUAUCGAGAUCAGAAUUGGAUGACAAAGAUGUAGCAAUCAUAGCUCUGUCACUGUUUGCUGAUGGAUUGAGCACAACUGUUCCAGUGUUUAUUGGAAAUCUCUACUGCUUGGCUGCUAAUCCAGAAGUUCAGGAUAAAGUAUUCAAAGAAGUGUCUAAAGUAGUACCAAAGGAAGGCCCCAUUACCACCGCUAUGCUAGGAAAACUCACAUAUCUCAAGGCAUGUGUCAAAGAAGCUUUCAGGUUCUUCCCAGUUGGAACAGAAGUUUCUAGGAUACCGCAAAAAGAUUUCGUUGUUGGUGGAUAUCACAUUCCUGCUGGGACACACAUUGAGCUGAACAACUAUGUGUUCCUGCGAUCAGCGCACUAUUUUGAGGAACCCGACAAAUUUCUUCCCGAGCGCUGGCUGAGAGAUGGUGAAGGUUCAGCGAGAAACGUUCACCCAUACGUGCUGCUGCCCUUCGGUCACGGACCACGGAUGUGUGCAGGGCGCAGGUUUGCAGAGCAGGACAUGUGGGUGCUCAUCGCGAGACUACUGCAGAGGUACCGCAUAGAGUAUCGGCACGGACAGAUGGAACAGAUUUACAGACUGUUGCUGAGACCGGACAAGCCCGCACAGUUUGCUUUCGUAGACCGUUGAUUGCGCCACCUACGGGCCCAAUUCGUUACAAGAUGCAAGAAGUGAGGGAUUGUUUUUUGCUGUGUGAUUUUAUACAAAAUACAGAAUCGAGGUGCUAAGUGCUAAUGAAGGUGUUAACAUAAUUCUUUCUGUGACUGUUUAUAUUAUUAUGUUGAAUUGAACUGAUACUGGUUCUAUGAAAUAGGUGCUUGAUUAUUAUAACUAUUAGGCAAUUAGGUAAUGUUGUAAUUUUAUGUGGACUUGAUUUUAUUUUUUCAUUGCUGUUAUACGUAGUAUGAAUCAAAUACAUACUUAUAGAAUAGAUUUGCGAAAAAUUGUCAUUUUAUAUACAAAUGAUAAACGUGACACAUAAUUGAUGCAAGUAUUUGUAUAAUUAGUUUUUUUUUACAAUGAAAUAGAGUAUUUUACAUGCUUUUGCCUGUAACUACGUGAUAAAAAAUACUUGCAGUUAUUGAAAUGUACGGUACUAAUGAUCUUGUACUUGUGAACUUAGCAGCAUAACGACAUUAUAUGUAAAUAAAGCUCAGCAUUGAAA